GAUUGGCAUAUCGACCUUUUGUUAUUUAUGCUCCAAACGUCGAAGAUUUUUGAUUCAAAUUUAUUUCCGCCAUGUCAAAAGCGUUGUGUCACGCCAUCGUGCAAACGUAAUAAUCACGAUCUAAAAUCACGAGAUUUCUUGGAACAACAGACACAGAAGGCUGCCACAUCUUUGUACUAUCUCUAGCUGUAGGCAACUAAAAAUGUAUUUGGAACUCUAUUGGCGUUCAGCGGCUCACUACACUGCUCUGGUCCUGCUUGUAGCUGUUGGAUACUUAACUUUCAUGAAUGCACUUUUGGAUUUCAACACAUCUACACCUGGAAUUGUGCGUCAUACUACACCAUGCCAGAAUAGAUGUGAUGUUAUUCUACCAAAUUCAUCCGUGAACGAGUUUAACUCUUUCUCGUUAGACAACUCACAAGCCUUGUUUGUGCAUUUUCACGGAAAUAGUUUAUCGAGGCUUCAGAAACCAAAAGAAACAGAGAUCUUGGAUCCAGUGAAUCUUGUGUGGGUCGAAAACACCGCAGCUCCAUUCCUUUCGCUAGAUUUGGGUUUCAAUGUUUAUUCAUUGACGACUUUAUGGCGUAAAGUGCGCAAUAUGUCAGUAAUGGUAGAAUUUGGUUCGCAAAAAUGCUUGGAGAACAUAACUUACAGUUGCGUUACAGCGAGUUUGGCCACAGCAUUCUUAACUAAUGUCAGUCAACAAAGAGGUGCAUUGUGUUAUGUCGUCAAUUUCAAUUCCUCGGUGAAAUAUAAAUGUUGCCAAAAAAACUUUCACACGCAGAAAAUUGAAUGUAACAUUCCUGCUUCUAUUAAUCCAGAGAUGUCAGGAGUUUUUGUUACAAUAAUAAUUGUGGCAACAAUUUUUUUUGGUUGUUUUCCCGCUGUUUCAGUUCGAUUUCCUGAUAAAGAUGACACUUCUCAAACAAUGAGCGCCAACGUACAAGUUCGCAGUCCAUUUUAUCGUAUGGCGAACUUUGCUGUCCAAAAACUACGUCAUUGUUCAAACAGACAUUACUCUGCAAAUUGUAUAAGAAAACUGCUUAUUGUUUUUUUACUGCCCACAUUGUUCUAUAUUGACUGGGGUCUCAUAGUCUACACCGCUAAAUAUGACAUUCCAAAGAUGUUUAAUGAUGCAGUGAGAAAGAAUUGGCUGGAAAAGAAUGUUUCUGAUGCAGUAUUUGCAGCUGUUGCUUAUAACAUUGGACUGUUAAUUGUUUCUUUACUUCCAAGAUAUGAAAACUUUGAUUUUUCUUCUGCACCUGCUGAUUGCCAGGAAAUAGUAGAGCAGGAAUAUUCCUUAAUUCGUAAUGCUCAUAGCCAAGAUUUCGAAGUGGAUUGGAUGAAACCGUGUUCUUUUGCUAGAGAUCUUUUCAUGAAAUUCUGUUUUGGCUUCAAAGGACUGUUCGAUUUUAAAACUUUUCUUUGCUUAAAGAUUAUUAAAUUUGUAUGCAGUUUUCUCCUUAUAUUGAUUUUGUUCCCCAUUGUUUUCAUAUUGAUUUUCAUUGGAUAUGGUUGGUAUAUCUCACCGUUGGGCCGCAGCAUUCAUAUUCUCAUUAGCCAAGCAUAUAUCUAUGUUUUGUGGUUUUACUAUCGCUUUCUUAGUACACUGGAAACGAUAACAGGACAAAAAAUCGUUGCUGUUUGUAUCGGUGUUGCACUAUCCGUUAUGAGCUGUAUUACAGGAUUGUCAUUUGCGCAAAUAGUCUCUCGCUCGCUACUGUUAAUUGCAAGACUCAUAACUUAUCUUUGCAUGGGAAUAGUGGCCAGUAAGGAUGAUUAUUUACCUCUUAUUGCACUCUUCUCUCUUUUCGUUUUCUACAUUUGGAACUGUUUCAGCUCAGUUGGAAAUAGGUAUAAAGACCUCCUUAACCAAACAUUCGACAAAUGCAAAGAAUACCAAGAAAAAGAAAACAGACAGGUCAUAAUAGUGGAUAACGAAGGAGUGCCAAGGAUUAACCAACUGAGUGUCCUUUUCCAGAAAGUUGUCGAUAAAAUCCUGCCAUUUAGCAAGACUUACACUAUAAUGUUCGUAAAAAUCGCAAUAAUUGGUUCAUUUUUGUUUUUGACAUACUUUUCUAUCUUGGUUUAUGGGAAAACAAGUUUAAACGAUGUGACCAAAACCUUGGCCGUUUCUUUGGCUGGACUUAUCCCGAAAUUGAUAGAAAUAUUUCGUAGCGGCAAUUCCAAGGACAUAAUUGACAGAGAAAAUGCAUACAAGAUCGAGAAGAUAGUGCAGGAAUUCUUUGAUUCUGAACAAGGAGAUCAGGGAAGCAAUGGAGAAACGUCUGAAAGUUCGACAACAAACCUGUCUAAUGGCACCGGCGAAGCAAGGUCAGAAGGUCGGCAUCAGUUAGUACGUGCAGAUGUUAACCCAAGAUUGACAGAUAUCAAUGGCGAUCCAAGCACUGAAACACCACCAUUACUUCAAUCAAACCAGAACGCUAGAGAUGACAUCAUUGAAGUAUAAAUACACCAUAGUUAGUAUAUGGGACAUGAAAACACAGAACUUUAGGUUCAUUGAACACUGAACGUGUGUUUCUUCCCUUUUCUAAACGGUAUUCUUUUCUCCUUCCAAAGUGGGAGAGCUGAAAUUUCAUCAAUUUYAUUUUACAUUCCUUG